GCGCAGGCAGCAGCCACGGCCGAAGCCCAGGCUCUUUUGUCGGUGGGCGGCGGCGCGGACACCAAGUUCGGCAACACCAAGAGCGGCAAGGGCACCAGAGCCACCCGUGGCAAGGGCGGCGGAGCUGGCGCCGUCUCCAGCGCCAAGGUUUUGCACCUCUUCGACGCGAUCUUCCAGAAGAUCAGCAUCGCGGAGGCCCUCCAG